AUGAUCCGCCCCACCGUGUUUGAAGUGUGGGCGCAGCGUGCUCUGAGCACGACGCUUCCUGCGGGGUGCGCGUGGGCUGUGGACUACGUGUCGGGCAAGGUCUCGUCGGCGACGGGCGGACGGGUGGCCGGGGUGGAGGCACUGGUGGGCAGACGGCGAUACGCGGCAUGGGCUCUCCGGGCGCUCAUCGAGAGCCAUCACAUGGUUCUUCACCACGGCUCCUUUGCCGAAUCUUUUUAUGGAAUGAGAAGACGAUCAGCUGAUGCGAGUUGCUCAGACAGAUCGCUCUCGCUCAUCGCCCGCAUCCUCGCUGCGCUCAUCGACAUCGCCCUGCCCAUCGUCAAGGCUGCCGCUGACGAGUGGUACGAGGACGUCCGUGGCGUGGUUGCGCCAGCAGAGAUCUCCGGGCUUGAGGCCUGGCAGAUCGAAGACGAGGUGGUGCAGGAUGGGUCUCACCUGCCGGAGCGUGCCGCAGAGGUCGGUCCGGACGUGGACGAGGUGUGGGCGCGACGGGAGGCGAGCUGGCGGUGGCUGAUGUGGAUGGUGCGAGUGGCAUGGCGGCGGAUGGGCCGGCAGGCGGUGGUGGCGAUCUAUCCGGCGCUACAUGCUGUGUACGUGCUGGCGUUCAUGUUGUACGAGGUGCUGUACCUCAACAAGAUGACCGACUAUGCCUCGCCUGUCCUGCAUCUUCUCGGCCAGCAGCUGGUCCGCUCGUCGGCCGCCGAGCUCGAGGCCUCGCUCUCGCUCUCGUCGCUCAUCCUGCCGUCAGCGGUAGCAGCGUACGCACCGUCGGCCCUUGUCGCCGCUCUCGAUGCGCUCAAGUACGCGUUUCCGGCCUCGGUCCUCGGCCACCGCAUGGUCUCGUGGUGGAGCUCACGCGACGAGACCAAUGCCGCGCCGCUGCCGGUUCCUGCGCCGCCGCCACCGCCGGCUGGGACCGAGGACGUUGCUCGCGGCGGGUGCGCCAUCUGCGGCGCUCUCGGCGUGUGGGGUGUGUCCGGUGACCCGGGCGGCGCUGCCGACGGCUGA